CGCGUCGCGUGAACGCGUUUACCUCUCGUGUCGUGCUGCGCGAUGCCUUUGGGAUCGCGGAUUACGCCCCUGUGAUCGAUUAUUAUCUGAGGAGGGAUCGGAGGUGUACAAGAUCGUGGAAGUGUCUGGAUCCGUUUGAAGAGGCAGUUAUGAAGACGGAGAUAGAAGAUAUGACGAGCGAUGGCGUAUGCGAAGGUACCGGUCCGAAUCUUGCUACAACCGAAAAUGCCGGCGGGUUGAUAGGGCCGGAAAUGUCGCCAAGCGUGAUGGAGUGCGGCGGAUGCGGAGAACGCGUCCGCGAGCGCACUGUUCUUUGCGUCGGCGGUCGAACUUGGCACUCGAGGUGCUUGAGGUGCUGUGCUUGUGCCAGGCCGCUACAUGAUCAGCAUUCCUGCUUCUUGAAGGGCAUGAGACUCUACUGCAGGCAUGACUACGCUCUAACUUUUGGCGCAAAGUGUGCGAAGUGUGGUCGAAGCGUGGGUGCCGGGGAUUGGGUGAGAAGAGCCAGAGAAAGGGUUUACCACUUGGCGUGUUUUGCAUGCGACGCCUGUUCUCGUCAACUUUCUACUGGCGAACAGUUCGCCCUCUUGGACGCCAGAUUGCUUUGCAAAGCUCACUACUUGGAUGUAGUCGAAGGCAACAACACUUCUUCCGAUGAAGGCGGUGACUCGGAGAGCGGGCACAAGAGCGGUAACAAGGCGAAGAGAGUGAGAACCACGUUCACGGAGGAACAGCUCUCUGUUCUCCAAGCGAAUUUUCAACUGGACAGCAAUCCGGACGGCCAAGACCUCGAGAGGAUAGCGCAUGUGACCGGACUCAGCAAAAGAGUUACGCAGGUUUGGUUCCAGAAUUCUAGGGCAAGGCAGAAGAAGCAUCUGCACACGGGCAAAAUGAAAGGGCAACACGUUCAUCAGUCACCACCGAAUUCUACCGCUUCCACAGGCGAUUUCAGUCGGCACAUCAAUUUACAUCUGACCUAUUCGUUUCAACAUCAACAGCAACACCAUCAUGGCCCCCAACCGCCGCAGCUGAGUCCAGCUACGUGCAAAAGCCCAACGCCAUCCCUCUAUCAUAAUCAUGGCUCGGAACAAUCGAUGGACGAACUGUCGCAAGACUCGAUGAUGUUGUCGAUGCCGAACGAGGUUUAAUCGCCGCUGGAUUAGCCGCAUAUUGUAAAUAUUCCUUGUUUAAUCUUAAGGUUUCUUUCCCACGUUCAUGAAUUAUUCUUGGUGAACGCGUUACUCAUUUCGACCUUAUUUCUUCCACCGACCAUAUAGAUAGAAUAUUAUUAUUAAUUA